AUGGCUGCCCCCGCUCAGAAGUUCAAGGUCGCCGACAUCUCGCUGGCUGCCUUCGGCCGCCGCGAGAUCGAGCUCGCCGAGAUUGAGAUGCCCGGUCUCAUGGCCAUCCGCCGCAGAUACGCUGAGGAUCAGCCCCUGAAGGGUGCCCGCAUUGCCGGUUGUCUUCACAUGACCAUCCAGACUGCCGUCCUCAUCGAGACCCUCACUGCCCUCGGUGCCGAGGUCACCUGGACCAGCUGCAACAUCUUCUCCACCCAGGACCACGCCGCCGCUGCCAUUGCUGCCUCCGGUGUCCCUGUUUUCGCCUGGAAGGGUGAGACCGAGGAGGAGUACCAGUGGUGCUUGGAGCAGCAGCUCGGUGCCUUCAAGGAUGGCCAGAAGCUCAACAUCAUCCUUGACGACGGUGGUGAUCUGACCUCCCUCGUCCACACCAAGUACCCUGAGAUGCUCAAGGGCUGCUACGGUGUCUCCGAGGAGACCACCACCGGUGUCCACCACCUCUACAGAAUGCUCAAGGAGAAGAAGCUCCUUGUGCCCGCCAUCAACGUCAACGACUGUGUCACCAAGUCCAAGUUCGACAACCUGUACGGCUGCCGUGAGUCCCUCAUCGACGGUAUCAAGCGUGCCACCGAUGUCAUGAUUGCCGGUAAGGUCGCCGUUGUUGCCGGUUACGGUGAUGUCGGCAAGGGCUGUGCCGAUGCUCUCCGCAGCAUGGGUGCCCGUGUCCUCGUCACUGAGAUCGACCCCAUCAACGCUCUCCAGGCCGCCGUCCAGGGCUACCAGGUCACCACCAUGGAGGAGGCCGCUCCCCAGGGUCAGAUCUUCGUCACCACCACCGGCUGCCGUGACAUCCUCGUCGGCAAGCACUUCGAGGUCAUGCGCAACGAUGCCAUCGUUUGCAACAUUGGUCACUUCGACAUCGAGAUCGACGUUGCCUGGCUCAAGGCCAACGCCAAGUCCGUCCAGAACAUCAAGCCCCAGGUUGAUCGUUUCCUGAUGCCCAGCGGCAACCACAUCAUCCUCCUGGCUGAGGGUCGUCUGGUCAACCUUGGCUGUGCCACCGGCCACUCUUCCUUCGUCAUGUCCUGCUCUUUCUCCAACCAGGUCCUUGCCCAGAUCGCUCUGUUCAAGGCCGAAGAUGAGGCCUUCGGCAAGAAGUACGUCGAGUUCGGCAGCAGCGGCAAGAAGGAAGUCGGUGUCUACGUUCUUCCCAAGGCUCUGGACGAGCAGGUUGCUCUGCUCCACCUGGAGCACGUCAACGCCAAGCUGUCCAAGCUCACCCCCGUUCAGGCCGAGUACCUUGGUCUGGAUGUCAACGGUCCUUUCAAGAGCGACAUGUAA